AUGGGUCUAUUGAUUUCCAGUCUUCCCAAAGAUGACACGUCCCACAAUGCUAAAAGACAGGCUGCUAACCGUGACAUCACAUCUGACGUACAGGCUCCUUGACGCAAAAUUGUUUAUCAAUAAAAAAUAAGCACGGGAAACAAUAUAAUGUCGGACACGCUAUCGAUGUCUUUUGAAGAAUUGCAAAGAUCUUCACAUUCAAACAUUAUCCAAUGUGUGUGGCUGGGCGGCUAUCCCAUCUCAUCUUGCUAGCUAACGUUACCUACCUACACUUCACUGACAUAUUCAGACCCCUAGACUUUUUCCACAUUUUGUUACGUUACAGCCUUAUUCUAAAAUCGAUUAAAUCGAUUUUUUCUCAUCAAUCUACACACAAUACCCCAUAAUGACAAAGCAAAAACAGGUUUUUAGAAUUUUUUGCAAAUGUAUUAAAAAUACAAAACUGAAAUAUCACACUUACAUAAGUAUUCAGACCCUUUACUAAGUACUUUGUUGAAGCACCUUUGUCAGUGAUUACAGCCUUGAGUCUUCUUGGGUAUGACACUACAAACUUGGCACACCUGUAUUUGGGGAGUUUCUCCCAUUCUUCUCUACAGAUCCUCUCAAUUUCUGUCAGGUUGGAUGGGGAGCGUUGUUGCACAGCGAUUUUCAGGUCUCUCCAGAGAUGUUAGAUCGGGUUCAAGUUCGGGCUUUGGCUGAGCCACUCAAGGACAUUCAGAGACUUGUCCCGAAGCCACUCCUGCGUUGUCUUGGCUGUGUGGGUCAUUGUCCUGUUGGAAGGUGAACCUUCGCCCCAGUCUGGGGUCAUGAACGCUCUGGAGCAGGUUUUCAUCAAGGAUCUCUCUGUACUUUGCUCCGUUCAUCUUUGCCUCGAUCCUGACUAGUCUCCCAGUCCCUGCCACUGAAAAACAUCCCCACAGCAUCAUGCUGCCACCACCAAGCUUCACUGUAGGGAUGGUGCCAGGUUUCCUCCAGAUGUGACGCUUGGCAUUCAGGCCAAAGAGUUCAAUCUUGGUUUCAUCAGACCAGAGAAUCUUGUUUCUCAUGGUCUGAGAGUCCUUUAGGUACCUUUUGGCAAACUCCAAGCAGGCUGUCAUGUGCCUUUUACUGAGGAGUGGCUUCCGUCUGGCCACUCUACCAUAAAGGCCUGAUUGGUGGAGUGCUGCAGAGAUGGUUGUCCUUCUGGAAGGUUCUCCCAUCUCCACAGAGGAACUCUAGAGAUCUGUCAGAGUGACCAUUGGGUUCUUGUUCACCUCCCUGACCAAGGCCCUUCUCCCUCGAUUGCUCAGUUUGGCCGGGCGGCCAGCUCUAGGAAGAGUCUUGGUGGUCCCUCGACACAAUCCUGUCUCAGAGCUCUACAGACAGUUCCUUCGACCUCAUGGCUUUUACUCGACAUUCACUGUCAACUGUGGGACCUUAUAUAGACAGGUGUGUGCCUUUCCAAAUCAUGUCCAAUCAAUAGAAUUUACAACAGGUGGACUCCAAUCAAGCUGUAGAAACAUCUCAAGGAUGAUCAAUGGAAACAGGAUGCACCUGAGCUCAAUUUCGAGUCUCAUAGCAAAGGGUCUGAAUACUUAUGCAAAUAAGGUAUUUCUGUUUUUUGUUUUUAAUACAUUUGCAAAAAUUUCUAAAAACCUGUGUUCGCUUUGUUAUUAUGGGGUAUUGUGUGUAGAUUGAUGAGGAAAAUGUUUUAAUUAAUCCAUUUUACAAUAAGGCUGUAACGUAACAAAAUGUGGAAAAAAUCAAGGGGUCUGAAUACUUUCCGAAUGUACUGUAUUUAAACAUAGCAUGAACCUCUAAUGACUGCCUUCCACUUCCACCUUCUGCCUUCUCCACAAUAGUCCUGUCUAACAUGACCCUCACUGACUACCUUCUGCCUUCUUCACAAUACCCUCUGCCCCCCUCUCUGUCCCCAGGUGAUCAAUGCCAUAGAGCAGGACUACCGGCUGCCCCCUCCCAUGGACUGCCCCUCGGCCCUGCACCAACUCAUGCUGGACUGCUGGCAGAAGGACCGCAACGCCCGGCCACGCUUCACUGACAUCGUCAACACCCUGGACAAGAUGAUCCGCAACCCAGCCAGUCUCAAACAAGUGGCCAGCAUCCCUGCAGUGUGAGUACACACAUAGCAAAAUAUAUGUAGGGUACCCCCCCCCCAAACACACACAGACACACACCUAUGCAUUCUCACUUUUUCACCCCAACGACUUCAAAGCAGUGGCUAGUACACAUACACACCUCAACCCAGGCACACGCAGACUUCCUUAAACUGAAAUAAACAUUAAUUUAUUGGUAUAUAUUACAUCAAAGCCUAUACCUCCACUCUGCACAAUCAAAACAUCUCUCUCCUCUCUUUCUUUCUCUCUCUUUAUCUCUCCCCCUCUCUCUCCCUUACUUACCUUACUUACUCCUCCUCCCCUCUCUCCUCCUCUCACUCUCCUCUCCUCCCCCUCUUUCCUCCUCUCCCUCUCUCCUCCUCUCACUCUCUCCUACACUCCCUUUCUCCUCCUCUCACUCUCUCCUCCACUCCCUCUCUCCUCCUCUCACUCUCUCCUCCACUCCCUCUCUCCUCCUCUUCCUCUCUCCUCCUCUCCCUCUCUCCUCUUCUCCUCCGUCAGGCCUUCCCAGCCCCUGUUGGACCGUUCUAUCCCAGACUUCAACACCUUCAGUUCAGUGGGGGAGUGGCUGGGAGCCAUCAAGAUGACCCAGUACAGAGACAACUUCCUCAACUCUGGCUUCACCUCCCUGCAACUGGUGGCACAGAUGACCUCUGAGUGAGUCACACACACACACACACACAUGCAAAGAUAGGCAUUAUUUCUGUUACCUGUAUUUGAAAUGUGUAUUUAAAUUACUUCUGAGUAUUUUGUAAUUGGUAUUACACUGGGCUGAACUACACUCCAAUGUAUUUUGUAACAAAAUACUUUUGAGAGCUGUAAUUUGUAUUUUCAAAAUACAAAAUCAUUUUCUACACCAUUUUUUAUAGAGUUCACAUUUUGUGGCCCCCUUUCACUGUGCAUUGGUAUCAGAAGUCUGAUGGCGCUAUGGUGUGAUAAGAGCGUCUGCUAAAUGAACUAAAUAUGAAUGGAUAUGUAAAAAUUAAUAAUUGCAAAGCAUGCUGAGUAUUAUUUGAAUGAGCCCCGACCCGAAACAAGGCCAAUAAUAAUACUCAGUGUGCUUUGCAGUUCAUUUUUGUAUGUUCAUUUUCACAUAUACAUUUUGGUCAUUUAGCAGACACUCCAGUGUGACUUGCUCAAUUAAGGUAGAUGAACAACAACAUAUCACAGUUUUAGCAAGUAAAACGUUUCUGUAACCGUUACUGAGAAUGUUGUUGCUGUUCGGGCCAGCUACUUGCAAAUGUAUUUUUGUAUUUUAAGAUACAAGAUACACGUAUUUUAAUUAAAUACAUUAUAAAAUACAAGUAUUUUGUUGUUUAUUUUGUUAUUUAUUUUGAAACAUUGAUCUUUAUUGUAUUUUGUAAUUGUAUUUUGUAAUUGUAAUCUCUGCACACAUGCACGGAAGUACACACACGUGCACACACAAACACUUGCACACACACAUACACACACACAGAAACACAGACACACACAUGAACACUCGUGAGAAAGCAUUCAUGUAUACACGCACAUCUCAUCUAAAAUCGAUGAUAAUCCUGUCCAAAUAUUGGCCCUAAGAAACACCGCUUUCUGUGCAUUUGAUGUUUUAUAG